GUUCGGAUUGGACGGCUGCUGAUGUCGUCAUAUCCGCUGCUCGAGUUUCCCCGGGAAGACCGACACUUUGGCGCGGAAUCUGUUGUUUAGGCUCGACGAGUGAAAUCAGCCACAAUUUUUUUUUAUUAAUGGCUCCUGUCUCUAAUCCAGAUAAAGACAUGGACGGUGGAGAUUGUGACGCGUCCGACACGUGUGGCAUUGCCACUUCACGUUCCAGGCGGGAGAAAAAAGAGAAAGUGGGGCGCAAGUCAGCUUUAGAGCAACUUAAACGAGCCAAGAAGGGAGAGAAGGUUAAAUACGAGGUGGAGGAGUUCACCAGCGUCUAUGAGGAGGUGGAUGAAGAGCAGUACUCAAAAAUAGUGCGGGAGAGACAGGAUGAUGAUUGGAUUAUUGAUGACGAUGGGACAGGGUAUGUGGAGGAUGGCAGAGAAAUCUUUGAUGAUGAUUUGGAUGAUGACGCAUUGGAGAAGAACCCUAAAAGUAAACAAGGUGGAAAGGCAGGGGAUUCGAAAAAGAAUGUGAAGAGAGUGUCUGUCAGUAAACCCAACAGCAUUAAAAGCAUGUUCAUGAAUAGCAAUGUGAAGAAACCUGCUGAGAGACAUGUGGAUUUGUCUCAAGAUGAUUUGCUGGGAGAUAUUCUGCAGGACCUGCACUCUGAGAAGCCGGUUUUGCUCACUCCACCACCAGUCAUUACUCUGAAGAAGAAGAAAACACUGGGAACCCCUAUGAAUCCAUUUUCAGUCAAACCACAGGUUCCAAAGGAGUCACCUGAAGUCCAAACGUCGAAGCCCAGACCUGUGGUGACGCGGGUUCCUCCAGCUGACCCUUCACCCAGGUCCUCUGCUCACGUUCAACCAAGUAAACCAGUUGCUACACAGAUAAAGAAGCCCAAGACAGAAGAGCCGGAAGAAGAGGCGAUUGAGUUUGAGGAGAUGGACUUUGAUGAGCCCAUGGAGGCAGAGAACAUUGAGGAGGAGCCAGUGAAAGUGAAGGCGGAGCUUGAGACCACACCCACUGUUAAAGUGGAGCCUAAGAAUGAGCCUCAGGAUGAGAUGUUAAUAUCUGGACUGGGUGGUGGUAUGGCCUGGGAGAAGAUUGAGGAGGACGAACCCUUUGAGACUCCUGUAGAAGUGCAGGUGGACUCCAGCCAGCUUCCGCUGAUGGAGGGACCUGACGGAGAUAUGGUCUUCCGCUUCUACUGGUUGGAUGCUUUUGAAGACCAGUACAGCCAACCUGGUGUGGUGUACCUGUUCGGAAAAGUCUGGAUUGAGUCAGCUAAAGCACAUGUCAGCUGUUGUGUUGCUGUAAAAAACAUUGAGAGAACAAUGUAUCUCCUUCCCAGAGAACAUAAAGUGAAUCUGGCAACUGGCGAGAAGACAGACAGUCCAGUAGGAAUGAUGGACGUGUAUGAGGAGUUUAACAGUCUGUCAGAGAAGUUCAGAAUCAUGAAGUUUAAGUCCAAGCCAGUGGCAAAGAACUAUGCCUUUGAAAUCCCAGAUAUCCCCUCACAGUGCGAGUACCUCGAAGUCAAAUACUCUGCUGAACUUCCUCCUUUGCCAUCUGAGCUGAAGGGGUCUACGUUUUCCCACGUGUUUGGAAUCAACACCUCCAGUUUAGAACACUUCCUCCUUAACAGAAAGAUCCGUGGGCCUUGCUGGCUUAAUGUGAAGACCCCUCAGCUGAGCAGUCAGCCUAUUAGCUGGUCUAAGGUGGAGGCUGUUGCACAGAAGAUUGACCUGAUCACAGUAGUUAAAGACCUGCCGCCCCCUCCUCUGGUUGUUAUGUCCAUAAGCCUGAAGACUGUGCAGAACCCAAAGACCCACCAGAAUGAGAUUAUUUCCCUUGCUGCCCUCAUUCAUCAUAAUUUUCCUCUGGACAAAGCUCCACCGCGGCCCCCAUUUCAGUCCCAUUUCUGUGUGGUGAGCAAGCCCAACGACUGUAUCUUUCCAUAUGACUUUAAAGAUGCGGUUAGGAAAAAGAACGGUAUAGUGGAGAUUGCUGGUACAGAGCGUACACUUCUGGGCUUCUUCUUGGCCAAGAUGCACAAGAUCGAUCCAGAUGUCUUAGUUGGCCAUGACAUCUUUGGAUUUGACCUUGAAGUGCUCCUACAGAGAAUCAGUGUGUGCAAAGUACCUCACUGGUCAAAGAUUGGUCGUCUAAGAAGAGCCAACAUGCCCAAACUGGGGGGUCGCAGUGGCUUUGCUGAGAAGAGUGCCACUUGUGGACGUCUGGUUUGUGAUGUUGAGAUCUCUGCCAAAGAGCUGAUUCGCUGUAAGAGUUAUCACCUGACUGAGCUGGCUGCCCAGAUCCUAAAGACAGAGAGGGUGGUGGUGCCACCAGAGAACAUCAGGAACUUCUACAGUGAUUCCCCGCACUUACUCUACCUUUUGGAGCUCACCUGGAUGGAUGCCAAACUGAUUCUUCAAAUCAUGUGCGAGCUGAAUGUGCUGCCACUAGCAUUGCAGAUCACUAACAUCGCCGGUAAUGUCAUGUCUCGUACUUUGAUGGGAGGGCGCUCUGAGAGGAACGAAUACCUACUGCUCCAUGCUUUCCAUGAGAAGAACUACAUUGUUCCAGACAAACAAUUCUUCAAGAAACCACAGCAAGAUCUGGAUGAGGAUAUUGACUCAGGGAAGGGCAAGUCCAACAAAACAAGGAAGAAGGCAGCAUAUGCUGGAGGUUUGGUGCUGGACCCAAAAGUUGGUUUCUAUGAUAAGUUCAUUCUCCUGUUGGACUUCAACAGUUUGUACCCCUCCAUCAUCCAGGAGUUCAACAUCUGCUUUACUACCAUUGAGAGAGGAGCGACCAACGCACUCAAGAAAACUGAGGAGGAUGACGAUGAGAUUCCUGAGCUGCCAGAUCUGAGUCUGGAGAUGGGCAUUCUUCCCAAAGAAAUUCGAAAACUGGUGGAGCGCCGACGACAGGUCAAACAGCUAAUGAAGCAAGCGGACCUCAACCCCGACCUGUACUUGCAAUAUGAUAUCAGGCAGAAGGCUCUGAAGCUGACAGCUAACAGCAUGUAUGGAUGCCUUGGCUUUUCCUUCAGUCGCUUUUACGCCAAGCCUUUGGCUGCAUUGGUCACUCAUAAAGGAAGAGAGAUUUUGAUGCACACCAAAGAAAUGGUGCAGAGGAUGAAUCUAGAGGUCAUAUACGGGGAUACCGACUCCAUCAUGAUCAACACCAACAGUACCAAUCUGGAGGAGGUGUUCAAACUGGGAAACAAGGUGAAAAGCGAAGUGAAUAAACUCUAUAAGCUUUUGGAGAUUGACAUUGAUGGCGUGUUUAAGUCCCUUCUGCUGCUGAAGAAGAAGAAAUACGCGGCACUGUUGGUUGAGCCUCAGGGAGACGGCAAAUACACCACCAAGCAAGAGCUCAAAGGCCUGGACAUUGUGCGCAGAGACUGGUGUGACCUGGCCAAAGAGUGUGGCAAUUAUGUGAUUGGUCAGAUUCUGUCAGACCAGAACCGUGACACCAUUGUAGAGAACAUUCAGAAACAUCUGAUUGAGGUUGGAGAGAAGGUGGCCAAUGGCAGUAUUCCACUCAACAUGUUUGAGAUACACAAGUCACUGACAAAGGAUCCUCAGGACUACCCCGACAAGAAGAGUCUCCCCCACGUCCAUGUUGCCCUCUGGAUCAACUCCCAGGGUGGGAAGAAGGUUAAAGCGGGUGACACUGUUUCUUAUGUCAUCUGUCAGGACGGUUCAAACCUGGCAGCCAGUCAGAGGGCUUAUGCCCUGGAACAGCUACAGAAACAGCCGGGACUCAGCCUGGACACACAGUAUUACCUGUCCCAGCAGGUGCACCCUGUGGUGGGCCGAAUCUGUGAGCCUAUUGAAGGCAUUGAUGCAGUGCUUAUUGCCACAUGGCUAGGGCUCGACCCAAGUCACUUUCGAGCUCAACAGCAGCAGCAACGUGAGGACGAAGGGGACAAUUUUUUGGGUGCUCCAGCCCAGCUCACUGACGAAGAGCGCUACCGUGAUUGCGAGAGGUUUACUUUCACUUGCCCUGACUGUGGAACCGAAAACAUCUACGACAACGUGUUUGAAGGGGCGGGGAGCACCUUACAGCCCAGCCUGAAUAAUUGCUGCCAUAUCCCCUGUCGGGGCAGCCCGAUGGAGCAUCCUGUCCAAAUUAGCAACAAACUGCUACUGGACAUUCACCGCCACAUCAGGAGAUACUACAGUGGUUGGCUGCUGUGUGAGGAUCAGGCCUGCCAGAACCGAACCCGCCGGCUGCCAAUUGCGUUCUCAAGGUCCGGACCGAUCUGUCCAGCCUGUCUCAGAUCCACGCUGAGGCCUGAGUAUUCAGAGAAAGCUCUCUACAACCAACUGAGCUUCUACAGAUACAUCUUCGACUGGGAAUACGCCGUGAACAAGGUCCUGUCAGGAGAGGAUAGAUGCGAGCUCCUCGGCAACCUCUUCAGGGCACAACGCGCGUGCCCUCCCCCAGCCCUCCUCCCCCACGCUCUGCCUGCCUUGAGCUGCUGGAAAUCCACGGUGAAAGUCAAGGCUGGCUGGAAAGAAGAAAAGGGUGUGUACAAAAUGCUGAAGGAUGUAAUAGACAACAUCCUCUCCACCAGCGGAUACUCUGAGAUCAACCUCGCCAAACUCUUCCAGGCCUUCACAGCCCUCAAGUAUUAACCAACUGUCUGAAGCAAACCUGGGUAAUCAGAUAUGGCAUAAUAUUUAUGCCUUUCUGCCUACCAAGAGAAGCCUUACCAUGUUAUGUUUUCAUCUUUUAAUUCCUGUCUGCUGUGAAUACACCUUGUGGUUUUGUAAUCUAUGCUAUCUUCUAGCUCACUCACUGUGCAUUUGUAAUACCUGACAGCAUUUUUGUGCCUGACGGCUUGGAUGUGAAUUAAGGUCAAAGGUGACGAGCUCACAGUCAAUCUGCAUGUAAUCACCAAACCUUUCCAUAUUUGAGCACCUGUCUCUCACUCUAAUCUGUGUUCUUGUGUCCCAUCCCAUUUAGCCUUUGUCCAGGUCUAAUCGAUGAUGAAUCUGUGGUAAAAUGGCCAUGAUAAGCGGCUAAAGACGCUCUCAACACAACCCAGCCCCCCACUCCCCGGGUAGCACCACACACACGCAGGGUUUUUAGAGAUAACAAUCAGGGGUAAUGACAGGCAAGUUCAUGGGGGCUUGUAGCGGUUUGAAGGGGUCUUAGUUCAGUAAUGACUUCUCUACUACCCCCAUCAUCUUUAACAGCACAGCAAUUAGCCAAUGAUACAGAGGUAGCCAGUGAUUUGUGGAGUUUCAAAUGAUUAAACUCGUGUCUGAACUGCUCUCAGCUGGCAUGUUGCAAAUUUAUUAGACAAAUUGCAUCGUUCGGUCUGAGACUGGCAGCUUGUGUUGCAUAUUUUGGACGUUUAUUGCUUAUAACAGUGUCUCAAGAUUCUUAAUUGUUUUUGAUAUGGAAACAUCAAUAAAAGUAUUUCAUAAAUCGUUCACUUUUCCUUCCCCCACCCCCCACUUUUUGAUUAUUUUAUUUCACCAUGCUGCAGGGAGUGAUGACAUUUACACAUUUGUAGAGGGUGAGUUAACUUCUCCAAAUGGAAGGCUUCAUUUUCAAGACCUGGAGAAUGGCGAGCCAAGAGUGUGUGAAAGCGAGGAGAUUAGUCCACUUAAAUCGAGUCGGUUUUAAGAAUGUGGUGCUUCACUUGCUCAUUCCAUGUGUUUAUAAUGACAGUUAGAUGAUGUCUUAAACCAUUUCAUCAGAUGUCAAUUUCCAUAAAUGCCAUGCUUGGGGAAAAAAAUCGCCUUAAACGGCUGCGACUAAUGGCACCGACCUUGUAGAGUGCAGCAACACUUAAGAGCUACUUUCUGUCCACAGCAUGACAGACGGCAUUUUGCGCAUUGUAGGCCUUUGCUGCUGAUGUAUUAAACAUAUAUCAGCCCAUAUACAUUUAGCUUAAUGUGUGCUUCGGAACGAUACUUAACAGGUGCAGGUAGUUCCCGAACGUUGUCUUACUUUUACAAGAUUAAGUCGUUGCAUGAUGUGGGGCUUUCAACUAGACAUUCCUUUAACGGUGAACGCGCUUUUGUCGUGCCCGCGGAGGCUGUUUUCAAACUGGGCCACUCAAUGCAGACAAGGCUUUGCAUUAAUUUACCCCACUAAGCUAAUAAGAAUGAUUCGUUUUUGUUAUGCUAAGCUUUAUUGCCUGUCUUUUUGACCAGAAUGGUGGUGUUGAGCAAAGCGGUGGACAAGGUUCUCUUUGAUGAGGGAAUUAGUGCCCUAUUCUUUCUCUAUUAUUCAUGGCAGCGCGGAGUAUGUAAGUACCCGUGGGUGUCAAAAGGAAAGCCGGCCCUAUUGCAAAGUGCUCCUCUUGUUUCUCUGAAUAGCAGGCUAUGAGAUGAUAAACCGCUUAAUACACUGGACUAAUUGGAUGAGGGUAAAAGAGACGAAGGAAUUAAGGCACACCAAAAGGGGACGGUUCCAGUGGCCCGCCAUUCAGCCCUUUUCACUGUGAUUUCUUACUCUACUGCUCCAAUUGGAGACGAAAGGCUCAUCAAAGCGCCUUUAGUGCUUUCACAUACCCCCGGUGUCUCGAGCUGUGUCGGGAUGGAAAAGCGUGAUUAUUCGCUGGUUGUUGAAGCACAACCCAGUGAGCUAAAAUCAAGGGAAUGCAUGUGAAAUUUUACAAUGCAUUUAUGAACUGUCAAAGUACACUUCAUUUGUAAUGUUGUAGUUUGCAUAUCGGUGGGUCUUUUCUCAUAAACGAAAAAUGCUGUUGUGUUCUGUGAACAUGUAAAUGGCUUUUAAAAGUGACCAUUAAAAAGAAAAAAAAGAAGUUUUCCAUAAA